GGAUUGCAAUCUGAACCAUCAGAACGGAAGCACUGCUGCGCAUUUAUUGACUGAUUGUUCAUUAAAAUACCAAGCUGUUAAUUCACAUAAAAAACACGGAGGCCAAAAUGGCAACAAAAGCCAUAUCAAGUAGAAGUAUGCAUGAUGAUUAUAAAACACAUGUAAUGUUCAAAGCUCCAAUUGAAGAAGAGGAUGAAGAUAAUGUCGAAGAUUUAGAAAGAGAAUUAAACGAUAAUGGUUCGAUAAAUGGACUGGAUUCGGCAACACUCGAGAUAGAAGAUGUCAGUGAAUCUGAAAGUGAAUCUGAAGCAAAACAUGACGAAAUGUUAGAAAAUAGUCACAGUGUGGAACCAAAUCAAUUAGAAGCUCGUCUUUUGAGACUUGCAUCUCAAGAAUCAGACGAUGUCGUUCUCAAAAAUGUGAAAGAGUAUCGCAGAAAUUUUGAUGGGUUCGUAAAAAUUGUUCCAUUCGAUUCAAUAUAUGCAAUGCACGAAUACAUUCGAGCAAAUUUGAGAAAUCUUAAGCCCGAAGAAUGUGAGAAUUCGAAACAAGCAAGUUAUUUGAACAUUAUACUGAGAAUAAAACCAGAAGAUCGUUUCAACAAAUUGUUGGAAUUUUGCGAACCCAUUGUUCGUCGCAUUCUUGUAGCUAACAAAGGAAUUUUAGAAGAACUACUUAUAACUGCAAACAUUGAGAAACUACCUUGUCCAAUUGCCAGUGACAGUGAAGAUUCUGGAGAGUUUUCAAGUCGGGAUGAUGAAGAUUAUGAUUUUGAGGCCAGCAUCAAACCUUGGUACAUGCUUGAGUUGAUUGGCAUGUGGCUAAACUUUGUGAACGACCCACAAAGUUUUAGGGAUGAACUUAAAACUGAAUUGUUGCAUAAACGACUUGGCGGAAUUUCAGUACCAUUGAAGUAUAAGUAAUUAUGAUUUAAAGAAGUGUGUACACACAAAUAAAUAAACUGUUUGUUGUUUAUUAUAU